AAGAGGAUCACGAAGCCAUCCACCACGAAGGCCCACGCUCUGUGCGUACCCCUUCCGGCACAGGGCCACAUAAACCCCAUGCUGAAACUGGCCAAGCUGCUUCAUCACAAAGGCUUCCACAUCACUUUCGUUCACACAGAGUUCAAUCACCACAGGUUAGAGAAGUCCUUGGGAGAGGACGCUCUUCAAGGCUUGGACGAUUUCAGGUUCGAAGUCAUCUCCGAUGGAUUACCGCCCUCAAGCCCGAGAGGCAUACUCGACCUCCCUUCCCUGUGCUUGACAUUGCUGGUGGACGGCUUACGUUCGUUCCGUAAGCUCAUCAUGAAGCUCAUGAAUUCCGAUGGCCCUCCUCCCACAUGCAUAGUUUCGGAUGGCGUGAUGAGCUUCACCUUGAAAGUUGCCCAAGAAUUUGGCGUUCCUGAAGUGAUGUUCUUCACUCCUAGCGGUUGCGGCAUGUUGGGGUACCUCCACUUUGAAGAGCUGGUGAAUAGAGGCUUAUUCCCAUUGAAAGACGAAAGCUGCUUAAAUAAUGGAUUUCUCGACACGGUGGUCGAUUGGAUACCCACAAUGCGGGGAAUCCGAUUGAGGGAUCUCCCGACCUUCAUCAGAACAGCCAACCCCGACGACAUAAUGUUCAAUUACAAUUCCGAGUCAAUCAACAACGCAUUCAAAGCCGACGGCUUGAUCCUCAACACUUUCGAUGAUUUGGAAGUGGAGGUGUUAGAGGCCAUCAAAGCCAAGUAUCCACAGCUUUACACGCUAGGCCCGCUUCCCAUGCUUCACCAACAGCUACUCCCAUCGCCAAACUCGUUGGACUCCAUACAAUCAAGUUUAUGGAAGGAAGACGGUGGCUGCUUGGGUUGGCUUGACGGAAGAGAGCCCGCAUCAGUGCUGUACGUGAACUUCGGGAGCUUAAUAACAGUGACCCAAGAAGAGCCGAGAGAAUUCGAUGUGGGGCUCGCCAACAGCAAAAGCCCCUUCUUGUGGAUCAUUAGGCCAGAUGGAGUCAAGGGCGGGGAAGAUGUGAUUUCAGGAGAGUUCAGGGAGGAGAUAAGGGACAGAGGACUGAUAGUGGGGUGGUGCGCUCAGGAGAGGGUCUUGGGCCACGGCUCGAUCGGAGGCUUCUUGACGCAUUGCGGGUGGAAUUCCACGUUGGAGAGCAUGUGCGAAGGAGUGCCGCUCAUUUGCUGGCCCUUCUUCGCCGAGCAGCACACGAACUGCCUGUAUUCCUGUGCAAGGUGGGGGAUUGGGCUGGAGAUGAUCCAUGGCGGAAGCGAUGGUUUGAAGAGGGAGAGGGUGGAAGGGGUCGUGAGGGAGCUGAUGAAAGGGGAGAAGGGGAGAGAGGCGAGAGAGAAGGCCAUGCAGUGGAAGAAGAGAGGUGAAGCAGCAACGAGGCCAGGUGGUUCUUCUUGUUGA